UUAAAGAUUAUUGCUAGUUUUAAUAUUUGUGUUUUGUUUUUGCCAGAUUAUUUAGUUUAGUUAUGGAUAAACCUGGUCCGUCAUCUAGAUUUCUGGAUGAAGACAAUUCCUUGGAACAGUUCCUUAGAAAUCGCGGUAUAUCGGAGGAUACCAUACAAUAUUUUAUAGACCAAAACAUCGAUGUUCCUGCAAUCCAAAUUAUGGAAGAAUCUAAAUUGCAAGAGUUUAUUCCUCGGUACGGAGAUAGACUAGCAUUAAGAAAUUUCUGUAAACAAUAUUUGGCUCCAAAAAAAUGAGCCUUAUUGAAAAGUUACGAGAAAAGGUGAUGCAAAAAAAUUCGAAAAUUGCUGGAAAGCAUCUGCGUCUCAGUCAGCAGAAAGGACUUCAAGAAAAAAAACUAGAAAAAUUGAAAUUGGAUGGAUGUGCUUAAACCAAAAAGAUGAAAUUUCCCAAGUGAGAUUUGUUAAUGGAGGAGGAACACGACAAUGUGAUAUGUAUAAAAAUGCCACUGGAUUUGAUAUUAUAGAAAAGGGCAAAAAAUUUUUUUUUCCAAACGGGAUAUCUAAGAAAGGUCCAUUAGAUAAUUUUACGGUACAGCUUCUAGAUUUUAAAUGCAACCCAGUUGAAUUUAAUUUCACGGUUGAAGAUUAUUUCGAAAAAACAGGAGUUAGCCGAUUAAAGUUUUAUUUGUUUACAAAGCCCGUUAAAGAUAAAGAUCCGCCCUAUCCUGAUGAUGGUAUAUUGUCUAUCAUUGUGAGAGGAAGAGAGAGACGAAGAAUAGCUUCACAGGCUAUUCCACGAAGAAGAGGAGAUACGGAAACAUCCACAUUGCCAACAAGUACUUCUAAUGAACCA